AUGUAUUCAAUUAUGGAAUCACGUCGUGCUACUGUUUCAUGUAAAAAUUUAUUUCCAUCAUCAACUAAUGACCGUUCAAUACCGUCAUCAUCAUCUCGACGACAUGUUAAUAAUAAUUCAAAUAUAAAACGAAAUAAUAAUAAUAAUAAUAAUAAUAAUAAUAAUAAUAAUAAUAACAACAAUAACAAUAAUAAUAUAUCUACACGAUCACCAAAUCAUUCAACAAAAUCACAGAAAAAAUGUGUUGAUAUACAAGAUGAAAAUCUUUCAAAUUCAAAUGUCUUUCAAGUACCAUUUCGUACUGAGCAAAUAAAUGAAAAUGGAAAAAAAAAUGUCUUAAAAACUAAUAAUAAAUUAUUACGAACAUCAUUAAAUCCACUUUCGCCUGAAUUCUAUUCUACUCGUCAAACUUCAUUUUUAUCACAACAUAAACAAGAUAUUAUAUCAAGCAAUUUUAAAGUUCCACUAUUAUCCGAAACAUCGGAUUAUAGUAGUGGUACUGAUCUUGAAUUACAAUCAAUUCAAUAUAUGUCACCAAACACAGAUUCAUCACCAUUUAUAUUCGAUUUUGACGAACCAUCAUUUUCAAAUUCAUUAGAAAAUGCAAAUAAUCAAACAACAUCAAUACGUCGUAUAUCUUUAUCAUCAUCUUCGUCAUCAUCAUCUUCAACAUCACCAUCAUCAAGUAUCAGUAAUCUUUCUUCAUUAUCGUCUUCAUCUGAACUUCAAACAAAUUUUAAUAAUCAAAAUCGUUUAUCGAAUAAAAAAAAUUUAUCAUUAAAUAGCAAUAACAAUAAUAAUAAUAAAUCACACGAUUUAUUUAUAUGUUAUUGUGAAAAGGAAAAUAUUUCUAAUCGUAAACGUAAUCGUUUCAAUUCUUAUCCAGUACGACGUUAUACAGCAAUAAAUUAUUGUGAAAAUUGUCAAGCUAAACGUAUGAAAUAUAAUUUACGUACAAAAUAUUAUUCAAGUCGACAACAAAAACAACGUCUUAAUAAUAAUCGAUAUCAUGAUACAACAUUAACACCAAUUAAAUUUACUGUUAAUUUAACUGGUCUUAAUAUAAGUUAUACUAUAGAAUAUCAUGAUAACAUUAAAUGUACAUGUCCAACAACACUAAUACCAUAUGCAAAUACAUAUAUUAAUCGUUGUAAAUGUUUAUCAUUUAAUGAUUGGUCAUCAUUUUCAAUGAUGAAUUCAUUUAAUGUAUAUCCUAAUGAAUUAUAUUAUAUUGACACAAAUAAUAAUUCGUGGAUACAACAACAACAAGCAACAACCUCAGCAUUUAAUUAUCAUAAUUCAUAUUUAACAAAAUUGAAUAAUAAUAUAUCAUCAGUUUAUUUUGAUGAUAAUACAAUUGUUGAGGCAAUGGAAGAUUUACCAUCGUAUUACCUUCGAUGCCUAACACCACUACCAAUUGAAAGAGAGUCUAUUCAAUCACCACCAACACGAUCAUGGCUUCGUUUAGCAUCACCGAAUACAAAACAGUCAACAGCAAUAUUUACAGUUAUGAAUUAUAAUAUACUUUGUGAUAAAUAUGCUACAAGACAUGUUUAUGGUUAUUGUCCAUCAUGGGCAUUAAAAUGGGAAUAUAGACGAAAACAAAUACUUGAUGAAUUACGUUCAUAUGGAGCUGAUAUUAUUGCUCUGCAGGAAAUCGAAACUGAUCAAUUCCAUUUAUACUUUUUGCCUGAAUUACAAAAAAUUGGUUAUGAUGGUGUAUUCAGUCCAAAAUCACGUGCAAAAACAAUGUGCGAACAAGAUCGUCGAUUUGUCGAUGGUUGUGCUAUAUUUUAUCGUCAAUCAAAAUUUCGUUUAAUCAAAGAUUAUCUGGUCGAAUUUAAUCAAUUAGCAAUGUUAGCUGCAAAUGGUCCAGCAUGUCAUGAUAUGAUGAAUCGUGUUAUGACGAAAGAUAAUAUUGGUCUUGUUGCAUUACUUGAAACAAAAGAAGAAAUCUAUUCUCAUACAUUUUCAAAUGGUAUUUUACCAUCUGAUCAUAAAAAACUGUUAUUCGUUUGUACAGCACAUAUUCAUUGGGAUCCUGAAUAUAGUGAUGUAAAAGUUAUUCAAACAUUAAUGUUAUUAUCAGAAUUAAAAGCUAUUAUGGAAGAUGCAAUACAAAAACAUCGAAAAAGUUCUAAUGCAUCAAUUGAUUGUACUUCUGUACCAUUAGUUCUUUGUGGUGAUUUUAAUUCAUUACCUAAUUCAGGUGUUAUUGAAUUUAUGCGUAAUGGAAAAAUUUCAAUGAAUCAUGCUGAUUUUAAAGAUCUUUCAUAUCAAUCAUAUUUACAAAAAAUUAGUCGUGCUGAUGUUAAUUCAACACAAAGUACUGAUAUAAUACAUCAUUUUAAAUUACAAUCAGCAUAUGAAACAACAUCAUCUCCUAUAAUGCCUUAUACUAAUUAUACAUAUGAUUUUAAAGGUAUAAUUGAUUAUGUAUUUUUUUCAUUACAACUAAUGCGUGUACUUGGUGUAUUGGGACCACUUGAUCCUGAAUGGUUACUAUCAAAUCAAAUUGUUGGUUGUCCACAUCCAAAUGUUCCAUCAGAUCAUUUUUCAUUACUUGUUGAAUUCGAAUUAGAUCCAACAAUAUCUGAUAUAUCAAAAAAUUAUAAUUCUAAAACUUCAAUAACAACGUCAUCUAUUCUUACAAGAAAAUAA